AGAUGAAAAAAACAGAACCUUUCAAUAUUCAAAUUGGAGAUCUAUAAAACCUUCAAUUUCUUCCACAAUUCCAAUAUCAUCGCAAUUCCAAUUUCAGCAUAAUACAACCUAAACCCAGUCUUAAGCAGGUUGGUGACAUUUUCCCUACUACCAGAUAUAUCAAGUGCAAAUGGAUGUCUGGGCGCAUGAUGUUAUAAUAUUGCUACAACAAAAGUUUGGGUUGAAUGAGCCGGCAGCAGUCAACAUAAUGGAGUUACACAUACAAUUUCAUCAAGCUAAACAAGAGACAAUUGUAAUAGAAAAUCCAGAAGGAAAUCAAUUACACUUUGAAAGCUUACCAAGUUUAAGGAAAUAUUCUUUUGGAGAUAUCAUUGAGUGGCCAUCAUUAAAGAAAGUGACAGUGAACGAUUGUCCCAACAUAAUAAAGUUUGGUUUGGGAAGAAUAAAAUCAUUAAUCUUGGAAAACCAACCGUCUCUGGCUGAUAUUUUUGAAUCAUUGGAUGAUGAGUUUUCAACGAUUGUUGAAUAUGAGAUUGGUGACACUGAGGAAUUACACAAAAGAAUGCAUAACCUUGGACCUUCACAUUUCACAAACAUUGUAGUGUUUCGAGCAAAAAACUGUGAUGAAACGUUGACUAAAUUUAUAUAUAUUUUGAUGAAGAGGUCAAAAAAACUUCAAGUUAUUGAAAUUCAGCAUUGUGAAACAUCAGGAUAUCUAUUUGACCUUUUGGAACCUGCUUUUAAGGGAUUAAAGUAUUUGAGAGGAAUAAAGGAAUUAAAAGUAAUUGAAGUAAAUCAGAUGGUGUCAUUAUGCAGUUGGGAUGUUGCAGGAUAUUUUGACUUCAAAAGUCUGGAAAUUGUACACCUCGAAAGUUGUCACUCUAUAAAGGUUCUCUUCUAUUCAAAAUCCUUUUCCACAAUGCUUUGCGAACUAAAGGAAUUAAAGUUAGAGGCAUGUGAGGAUUUAUAUGAAAUAUUUCACUACUCUCCAUUCAAUUAUUCUUCUUUGUUCUUCCCAAGAUUAAGUAAAGUGGAGCUAAAGUCUCUCUCAAAAUUCAUGAGGUUGUCACGUGUUGCUCUAUGUAGCCUCUUUUAAGACAUCGCCCGAGAAGAUGAAAUUAAAGAAAGUCUUUGUGAGUAAUUGCUAUGCAUUGAAAAUGGUAAUAUUGGUGAAGGAAAUACCUAACUCUAUAGAGCUCCUUCCCCAAUUAGAUGAAUUGAUUUUGAUUAAUCUUCCUAAUUUAACUCACAUCAUUCACAAAGAAUGUGUUAGGUUAUAUCAAAAUCUACAUACCCUACAAGUAGACCGAUGUGGGUUUCUUCAUUGGUUGCCAAUUCCUCUAACUUUAAUAAAUAUGAAAAUUUUGGAUUGUGAUUCCUUGCAUAAGACUGUGGUCAUCAGAAAAGAAAAAGAAGAAAAAGAAAAAGUCAUUUUUUCUCAAUUA